GACCCCAGACCGUAAUUCUGAGCUGAGGGGUGCAGAGGGCUCCUGGACCUGGUCACACCCUCAACGCAUUCUCCCCGCCUCCCCGGCUCACUGGGGCUUAGUUUUUAGGGGUGGGGCUGACCCCAGAGGCUAUAAAAACACUGAUGAGAGAAGAAACAAGGUUCUUUCUCUUUCGGGAGGCUGCCUGCAGCACAGCUGAGAAGCCAGGAGAGCUUGGGGCCCACCCCCAGGCCAGCUAGACCAGCACCAGGAGAGGCUGCCUGCAUCCCAGCUGGUGCCCGCCCUCCUGUAGGAGCUGCCUUGGCCAUGGCUUUCGUCUGGCUGGCAGUCUUCCUGGUGCCCGUCCCCGGCCUGCUGCCACCGGACCACGACCCUUACCCUAUAGACAUUUCCGAUCCAGACCCACCAAUUAAGAACCUAAGGAUGGAGCCAGAAGGAAAAAGAUUGACCUGGGACCUCCAUGGAAACGUUUCCGAAAUUAUGUGUUUCAUCAAUUCAAAAGCUUUCACUAAGGCACGGAAAAGGACGUAUUGCAGUAUUCCUGACUUGUCAUGCCAAGCUACAAACUACAGCAUCAAGGUGACCAAAGGUCAGCCAUUCUCCACGUGGAUUCAGUAUCCUAGUCAAGAAGGGAAUCCCAGGGCGGCUGCAGAAAACCUGACCUGCUGGGUUCACGACGUGGAUUUCCUGACGUGCAGCUGGGCGGUGGGCCGGGAGGCCCCGAGGGACGUGCAGUACCAUCUGUACCUGGAGAACCUGGACUCCUAUGAGAAGUGGCCGUGCUCCCAGUACAGAGCAGAUGAGCAAGGGACAAACGUCCAGUGCCGUUUUCACAACAUCUCUGUGUUAUCCAAGGAUCAGACGCGUUUCCUGGUGAAUGGUACCGGCAGUGGUUCCAAAAUCCCCUGCUCUGAAACGAGUGAUAGACUAGCCAAAAUCGAGGUAUUAGCUGCUCCCAACAUCACUAGCAGGUGGUGUAACCAAAGCUACUCGUUCAUGCAGUGGCAAGUGAGGAGUCACCUUAAUGAUGACUUCAAGUAUGAACUGCAGAUACAGAAGGGUACGGAGCUCGCCUACAAACAGGAGAUCUAUAAAGCCUUCUUGGAGCUGAACAAUCCUGGGACCUACACGGUGCAAGUAAGGGCCAGGGAUGCCACCUUCUCCCAUUACAAACCUUGGGGCCCGUGGAGUGUCCCCCAACACUUCGUGUGUGAGGAGGGCGCGCGCCUCCCCGUCUGGCUGACGUCUUUGCUGAUCGCGCUGGGGACGCUGCUGGCUAUGGGGCUCGUGCUCCGGUUUUGCAGGUUCUCGGUGAUGCAGAAGCUGUUCCCUCCCAUCCCUCACAUGAAAGACCAUAUCAAUGGCAAACUUCAGAACGGAAGGACGGUACGUGGUCUCCCGCCGGGGACACAUCUGGUGCCAGAUGACCUGGGACCCCGACCAAGACAGCCAGGAGGAGUGUCCAGUGGCCGAGGUGCAGGUUCUGGGGGAAACAUGAAGCUGGUGCAGAGGCCCGGUUUUCCGCCAGGCAGAGGGCGCACAGCCUGCUCAUGGCAGGUCGUGGAUGUUUCAAGCGGGGUCAGGGAUGGAAAAGCCCGGUGCAGUUGACACGGGGUCACCUCGAGGAAGAAAGAACAAAACAUGUGUUGGGCUCAUGUCUCA